AUGUUUGAUUUCGACUCUCUGUGCUUUCUCGAGCUCUCCCAGGACCAACAUAACCAUGGCGAUUCAUGGCCCUCUGGCGUUUCGUGGCCAGAUGAAUUGGUCACCUUGAACGAUGUCACCAACCCUGUUGACCCACCAUCGCACCUGGACCCGGAUUUCGAUCUCCUCUGGUCCCAAUUAAAUGAAGAGGGUCUCGAUUUUGUGGCAGAUUCUUCUGAGCCGCCGCAUCUCUCGCCAUCCCCAUCGACCUCUUUGGCUCCUCCACCCCAAACCAAUCCACUACCCUGGACACCCCCCGAUAUCUUUGAAAUAGGCUACCAAGACACUGAUGGCGAUUGGCGCUGUAAUUACUCCGGAUGCCUCUCCAAUCGGGUCUUUCUGCGGGCUUGUGACCUACGAAAACAUUACCGAAAACGACUGUCACUGGUCAAAAAUCGGGUUCUCAUCAAGCAAGGAUUGUCAACGGCAUAUGAGGUCUCAUCGGCCGAUGAUCAAAUGCUCUGCGGCGGAGUCACUGGGUUGCGCAGUACCAGAAAGAAAGACGGUACUUCUAAGCCAUCGGAGCUGGACAGUGCUGCAUGA